AUGGUUUCGCCUCUCACGUCGGGAGGGCCUUCUCUAUAUGCAUCCGCCGAGCAGACAGACGAGAAGGUGUACGACGACAGGGAGAUGACAAUCAAUGGGCGAGAAUCUGGUUCCGAGACAGCCACAGACAUGCAGAUCGAGAAAGAAGAAGACGACGACGAUGUCAUCAUGGACACACGGCCCCCCAAUUCGGUCAAAGAUGCCUCGGCCCUGGAGAUUGAGCGCUGGUACCUCACAUUCGAGACGUUGCUGCCGACAGCCAACACGAUGGCAGUCAAGGCUGGCAGCGAUUCCACCUCAGCAACAGCAGCAGCACCGCCGCCGCCCGAUCUCUCGCCCUACUCGGAUCCGCAUCUGUGGCCUGAGAGCACCAAGAAUCUGCUGCUGGCGCUGUCAUGCAUCGCGACCUGUCUGACGGCCUACUCGGCCGGCUCGUUCUCGCCACCGGCCCAGCGCAUGGCUGACACCUUCCACAUGACGCUGACGGAGAUGCUAGCAGCUGGCAUCACCAUGUUCUGCAUCGGGUUUGGGCUGGCGCCGAUGCUUCUGGCGCCGCUGUCCGAGACCAACGGUCGCUACCCCGUUUUUGUCGUCAGCGGCAUGGUCACGGUGGUAUUUCACAUUGUCUGUGGCGCGGCACCCAACUACGCGGCCAUGCUGAUCGCCCGUCUGCUUGUCGGCGCUGGCAACUCCGUCUUCAGCACCAUGGUCGGUGGUGUCAUCGCGGACAUGUGGCACGCAGCUGGCCGCAACACCCCUAUGGCCCUCUUUAGCGGCUUCGUCAUGAUCGGCACCGGUCUCGGGCCACUUCUCUGUGCCACCAUCACGUAUCGCACCACGUUUCCCUACAACCGCCACGACCGGCUCGACGACGACAGCCUGACGGCUCCCUGGCGCUGGGUCUUUUGGCACCAGGCCAUCUCCAAUUGUGUGCUUGUCAUCUUUCUCACCCUGCUCUUCAAGGAGAGUCGUGGGUCCGUGUUGCUCUCGCGCCGUGCUGCCGCCCUCAACCGUUGGUACGAGUCGCUCGAGGCUGCCGGCUACUACGGUGUCUGGCUGCCCGAAGGUGCAAAUCCAGACGAAUACGUGCCAGCCAACACGACCGCCGAAAAGAAGACAGCCAGCGCGACCAUCACGGGUGAGUCUCGUCUACGCCGCAUCCGCUGGCUCGUCAAGGACGACGAGAGCCGCACGACGAUCCUCCACAUGGUGGCCGUGUCGGUGUAUCGGCCCUUCCACAUGCUCUUCACCGAGCCGGUCGUCUUCUUCUUCUCGCUCUGGGUAUCUUUCUCCUGGGCCGUGCUCUACCUCCAGUUUGGAUCCAUCUUCCUCGUUUUCGAAAGAGUCUACGGCUGGGACGUCGAGAAGGCCGGCCAUGCCUUUGUCGCCCUCAUCAUCGGCGCCAUCCUGGCCACCGCCCUCGGCAUCUACCAGGACCGCCUCAUUGACCGGUUCGUCCCGGCAUCCCUGCGUGCACACCUCCAUUUUGAUGCGCCCGAGAGCCGUCUCUAUGCCGCCUGCAUCACAUCUUUCCUGCUUCCAGCCGGCCUCUUCACCUUUGGCUUCUCCGCCCGCUCCGACGUCCAUUGGAUCUUCCCCAUGAUCGGUGUCGCCUUGGCCACCGGCGGCAUCUUUUCCAUCUACCUCGCCACCUUUAACUACCUCGCCGACGUCUACCACCGAUUCGCCUCCUCCGCCCUGGCCGCCCAGAGCUUCUGCCGGAACAUGAUGGGCGGCGUCUUUCCCCUCAUCAUGCGCCCGCUCUUCCUCAACCUCGGCAUCGCCCGCGCCAGCGGCUUGCUGGGUGGCAUCGCCAUCGGCCUCACGCUCGUGCCCUGGGUCCUUACCAUUUUUGGCGACAAGAUCCGCCGUCGCAGCAAAUUCGCCAUGGCCUUGAACGAAACUUAG